AUGGCUGCUCGCUCCCGCACGUCGUCUCUGCCCCGACGGACCAUCCAGGAUGUUCCUACAUGCGAGAAUAUCAAGCUUUCUAUGAAUGAAUGCAGAAAGGUCGAUGUGCUGGGUCGCGGAUCUUACGGAACUGUGUGGAGAGUAAUGGAUCCAGGCGGACGCUUCUUUGCUGCUAAGGAAGUUUCCUUAAGUGAUCGGGCAACUGAGCAGCUUGAACAGGAGAUUGCAAUUCUGAGUGAGUUUCAACACGAGAACAUAGUUCGAUAUUAUGGCACAGAUAAGGACGAAUCAAAAAUUUAUAUCUUCCUGGAGCUUGUAACCCAGGGAAGCAUAUAUAAACUCUAUUCGACAUUACAUGGCUUAGGAGAAAGUCUCUCAGAUUCUACUGUCUCUAAAUACACAAGACAGAUCCUGCAAGGUUUGAAGUAUCUUCAUGACCAUAAUGUGAUUCACAGGGACAUUAAAUGCGCAAAUAUUUUGGUGGAUGCAAAUGGCUCUGUGAAGCUUGCUGAUUUUGGAUGGCAAAGAAUGCAUGAUAGUGAAUUUUUUCCCCCAGAUAACCGAAGGGAACAACAAUCAUUCUUGCCGUGGAACUCCAUACUGGAUGGCUCCUGA